UGAAGUAAAGUAGGCUAUAAAGCAUAGGUCUCCUCAUCGACCAUCACACAAUCUACACUGAAGUUCUGAAAGUAAAGAUUUGACAGGAAGAUUCAUCAUGGCAGUCAUGAGAGCUCUUGUGCUUCUUUUCUUGGUCUUUUCUGUUGAGAAUGCACCAGCUCAACACUGCCCACAUGGAUGGACACCUUUUGGUGUGCAAUGCUACAAAUUCUUCUCUCAGUCAGUUAACUGGGCCACAGCUGAGAAAAACUGUCAAUCCAUUGAUGCAAAUCUUGCAUCUGUGCGCAGUACAGUGGAAAACAACUUUCUUCUGAGUCUUGUGUCUGCUGACACACGUGCUUGGAUUGGUGGCCAUGAUGGUGAAAUUGAAGGACAUUGGCUGUGGUCUGAUGGAUCUCAAUUUGACUUUACCAACUGGUGCUCUGGACAACCUAGCAAUAAUUAUCAGGGUAGUCCAGAGCACUGCCUGGAGAUAAACUAUAACCAUUGCUGGAAUGAUGAGCAGUGUUCAAGCACAAUGAGCUACAUUUGUGCUCAUCCUAUGAGAUAAUGAAAAAUCUCUGUUUCAAAAGUACUACAUGUCUACACAUUUUUUUCUGAUCUUAUCCUUAAAACUCAGUAUCUUACUGAACUUUUCUUAAAAAUUCUCAAAUCAAUAAAAACAUUUAUAAAGCAAA